ACUUCUGGCACGCUCGCGAGUGGACGUGCGGACCGAUACGCCGAUAAUAGCAAUAGCUAUAGCCCAGUUCGAUUCCCAUCCACCUAUAUCCACAUAUAUACUCGUAUAUCUAUACAGUGUAUAUAGGAGGAGAUCUUUCACCUGUCGCGCAGUGCGUGAGGGUGCGACACAUCCUGUCCAAAAAGCACCAGUAAUCGCGACGCGAGUGUUGGUUUAAGCCAAGGAGAAUACGCAGCGAAGCUCAGUUUGAAAGUGAAGUCAGUGAAAGUCCUUUUGCCGCGAAGGCAUGCGAAUAAAUUUGCAAGAGUUUCGCGACCCAUCAGGAAAUAGAAGAAACCAACGCAACCAGCAGAGUUAACAGCCAAAGGAGCAGGCCCCUUUCAAGGGCGCCUCGGAUAGCCAAGUAGAAAAUACGAAGAAACAACACCACUUGGAAACUGAGCCAUGGAGCAAUUCGAGCAGCUGCUGACGUGCUGCGUCUGCCUGGACAGGUACCGGAUCCCCAAGCUGCUGCCAUGCCAGCACUCCUUCUGCAUGGAGCCCUGCAUGGAGGGACUGGUGGACUAUGUGCGACGCCAGGUGAAAUGCCCGGAAUGUCGUGCCGAACACCGGAUACCCUACAAUGGCGUCCAGGCCUUCCCAACGAAUGUCACCCUACAACGGUUCCUCGAGCUGCACAUCGAAAUCACCGGAGAGCUGCCCGACCCCACUUCAGGUCAAAUUAUGGAGCGUUGCGGCGUUUGCUCGGAAAAAGCCUAUCUGUCCCAUUGUGCACACUGCGAGAAAAAGAUCUGCGAGGACUGCAAAAGCGCCCACAUGGACAUUCUGCGACGUGAGAUCACGCGAUUCAACUCACAGAUCCGUCGCAGUUUGCACCGACUGCAGGACUCGCUGGCGAUCAUCGAGAAGAACACCAUGAGUCUGCAGACAAACGCCAUCAGUGUGACGGAGGAGAUCGAUGAGAUCUACCAGCGGAUCACCAAGGCGAUUAAGGAUCGUUCCGACCAGCUGAAGGGCGAGAUCGAUCGCUAUUUGGCCGUGGAGCUGCGCAAUCUGACCACCUUAAAGGAGAAUCUCGAUCUGGAAAUCACGAACAUCACCAGCAACUGCGACACGGUGGACAAGUACAUGAACGAGACCGUGGAGUGGGACGAUUGCGAGCUGAUGGACACCAAGGAGAUCUUCCUGAAGACGGUCGAGUUCCUGCGUCACUUCGAGUACGAGAAUAACGACUACAGUCGACGAGUGCGGUUCCUGGUCUCCAUAGAUCCCAACCAGCUGGUUAUGAACCUGGCCACCUUCGGUGACCUGAAUAUAGCGCCUCAUUCGACGCCAAGUGGCGGUUCGGUUAGCAGUUCCCACCUGGCACCGCCCAGUGCUCUGCAGCCGGGCUUGAUGCGUUCGAAGAGCGACCACCGCCUGGCCACCCAGUUCCGCCAGCAGGAGGAGCGCAGUGGCUACAACGAUGAGCCCGUUCUGGGCGGUCGCAAGUUCGGCGAACGGCCGCAGCGCAGCGCCACCCAGGCGAACAACGACCGCUAUGGACGCAGUGGUGGCGACUACGACUAUGAGAACGACUACGACAACGAUGGUUCUUCGGGCAGGGCGGGCAAGUCAUCCCGCUUCCGCUCGCGAUUCGUGAGAUCCCACCAGAACGACGACUCCGACAGUGAACAGCAACAACAGCAGCGGCAGCAGGAGCUCAAGGAGCGCAAGGAUCGCGUCCUGGACAGCGAGGAUGUAUCCCGCGGCCAGUUGAGCGGCAUCAUCCGUUUGAGCGACUGUUCGCGCGUUGUCCAGCGUUUGGCCGAUAUUGGCAAGGAGAAGAAGGAGAAGAAAUCCGAUGCCGCUGCCGCAGCUCAAGCGGCCGUUCAAGCCGCCAUUCAGGCCCAAAAGGCGGCCAUGCAACGGCAGCAGCAGAAGAAUCAGCAGACCGCCGCCGCCGCCGACGAGGAGGAGCUGGCACGCCAGAAGCGCAAGAAUGCCGGCUCAUCAUCGACAGGUGGAGCAGCUACAUCGACGUCCAGUGGCGGUGGCGACACCGCCAGCGAUCAGCGGGUGGCAGCUCUGAAGAAUCGUGGAGGCGAGGAGAGUGAUGGCAGCUCCAACCAGGCGGCAUCUCCAGUGCGUAGUAGUGCGGCAUCCACGACGCGAGCCGAGUGGAGAACCGAUGUGUCGAAGCCGCCCGUUUCCGCCCAGGUGGCAGCGGUCAAGAAGACCCAAAGAUCCGGCAGCAGUGACAGCAGUGCCUCCACCGAGAGCUCAGCUAGUUCGGCGGCAGCAGCGGCUGUGGCAGCCACAUCCACAUCCACAUCCGCAUCCGCAACUGCGGCAGCACCUGCAACAUCCAGCAGCAAUUCGACGAGCCAAAAUGCCAAGGCGCCCAGUUCGUCCAGGUAUUCCACAGCCAGAGAUGCCACGGCAGUGCCGGAAAAGAAGCCCUUUGUGAGCCGCUUCCUGCCACAACAUAGCACCGCCAAUGCCACCAAUGGCUCGGCGGACAAGAAGAAGGCGGAGUCCAGUUCUAGCAGCGAGGAGGAGACCAGCUCGGAGUCCGAAUCCGAAUCGGAACCGGAGACCAAGGCGAAGAGCAGUGCCGCCAGCAGCAGCACCAAUACCAAGUCCACGCCCAGCAGCGCCGCCAGCUCAACCACGGCAGCCAGUAGCUCCACCACUGGUGGUGGUUCCUACCGGGAUCGCCUGGAGGCACGGCGCGCGUCCCGCGAUGAUAGCUCAUCGACGGCGGCGGGGCGCAGUAGCUAUGCCACGCCCUCCAGCAGCGGCUAUGGGAGUGGCAGCGGCACCACCGGCGGACGCACACGAGCGGUACCAGCGCCACAUCACACGAGUGAGAGCGAGGAUCGCUAUGGAAGCGGCACCGGAAGCAGCUACACAAGCCGCUUUCUAAACAAGAGCAAGAGCAGCGCCAUUGUAACGCAACCCUCGCUAUCCACGCCCACCGCCUCCUUUGAUGAGGACGCCACCGGAACCGGCGACGACUCGGACAGUCGCUAUGGAACGGGCCGCUCCAGGUACUUGGCCAUGAAGGAGCGACGCACCCGACUGGCGCGCAGCCGCUCGUCCCAUCAGUUUGGCAACGAUGACGAGGAUCUGGAUGAGCCGGUGUCCCCCACCACGGUCUCGCCGUCCGCUUACCUGGCCUCAAGGUACAGCGGCUAUGGCAGCAGUGACCUGUCCCGCAGCCGCUCCUCCCACGCGCUGAAGUCGCGCGACAACUCACCGAUCACCGAUCGCGGAGCGGGAUCGUCGCGGUCCAGCGGACUGGGCGGCAGCUCGGCGACGGACAGCAAGGACGGGGAGGCGCUGAGCUCGUGGGCGCGGUACCUGAAGAACAAGUACGGCAACAAGAGCAGCAAGGACUCGGCCGGCAGUAGCGGCAGUAGCGCACGCGAUACGCACGCGGGCAGCUCGACGUCAUCGGCGGCGGCGGCGGCGUCGUCCUCGCAUGCGCACGGCUACGGAAGCGGUACGAGCGGCACCAGCGGACGGAGCACCGCCAGCGAUGUGUCGCGGCGUCUCAGCCUGGGUUUGCCCCUGCGUCAGGCCAAUGAGCUGGCCUCCUCCGACGAUGACGGGUCAAAAAACGGGCUAGGCUCCCCUACGUCCCCUACGGUAGCAGCAGCAGUGGCAGCAGCCGGUAUAACCGGAGCGGCAGGUACUAUCCCUAAACAGGUGUACCUGCGCAAGCGCCAGCAGCUGUUCCAGCUGGGGGGCCGGGGGAGCGAGCCCGGAUCCUUCACAUGGCCACGCGGUUUGGCCGUCGGCCCCGACAAUAGCAUCGUGGUCGCCGACUCCAGCAAUCACCGCGUCCAGGUCUUCGACUCCAAUGGCAUCUUUGUCAAGGAGUUUGGCGAGUACGGCAACGGCGAGGGCGAGUUCGACUGCCUCGCCGGCGUGGCCGUCAACCGCAUCGGCCAGUACAUCAUAGCCGAUAGAUACAAUCAUCGCAUACAAGUGCUCGAUCCGCAAGGACGAUUCCUGCGCGCCUUCGGUUCGCAGGGCACCGCAGAUGGCAAAUUCAAUUAUCCUUGGGGCGUAACAACCGAUGCACUCGGCUUCAUUUACGUGUGCGAUAAGGAGAACCACAGAGUGCAGGUUUUCCAAUCCGAUGGUUCCUUCGUUGGCAAAUUCGGUUCCUGCGGCCGUGGCGAGGGACAACUUGAGCAUCCGCAUUAUAUAGCCGUAUCGAACACGAAUCGUGUGAUUGUUUCCGAUUCGAAUAACCACAGGAUUCAGAUUUUCGACGUAAACGGCAAGGUCCUGUCCACGGUGGGCGGCGAAGGAUCCGACGAUGGCCAGUUCAAGUUCCCACGCGGUGUGGCCGUGGACGAUCAGGGCUACAUAUUCGUGGCCGAUUCGGGCAAUAAUCGCAUUCAGAUCUUUAAUCCGGAUGGCAGUUUCCUGAAGACCUUCGGUUCCUGGGGCUCCGGCGAUUCGGAGUUCAAAGGACUCGAGGGCGUGGCCAUCAUGUCCAACGGCAAUAUCUUGGUCUGCGAUCGCGAGAAUCACCGCGUCCAAGUCUUCUGAUCGGAAUCCACGAAAAACCAAUCCAGGGAGAACCCUUUGCAUUAUCAUCAUCAUGAUUCGACCAUUUUUAUUUUGUCUUUAAUUAUGAUUGGUUACGAAGUGCCAAAGCAAUUAAUGUCCCUCUUUCUACGCCUAGAAAUUGUGUCAAUUAGCAAUGGAGGAAAAGCAGCAACAACAAAAAAAAAGAAACCGAAAAACUUUUAUGUUAAACUAGAGGAAAAAAGAAAACUUUGAAUAAAAAAGCGAAAACUCGACAGAGUUUGAGUGAAUGAAA